AUGGCUCCGAUGAAGCUCCUUCCGCUUGUCGUCGCCAUUUCUGCACUUUUGGUCGCCCUACUUGCGCCCUCCGCUUACGCGGAAUCCAGCGCCGUCGCCAGCGCCGGUACAUCAGGAACUCUCGCCGCCAGGCGCUUCUUGGGCGACGACCAUGACGAUGACGACGACGAUGACCAUCACCACCACCACGACGACGACGAUGACGAUGACGACGAUCACCACCACGAGGAGAAGCCCAAACCGAAGCUGACGUGCAUUCAGAAGUACAAGAUCAAAUACGCCGCGUGCGAGGAGAAGGAGGAGGCGUGCGUGGAGAAGGCGACGUGCUCCGAGGAGAAGGAGAAGUGCGAGGCGCAGUCGACGGUGUGCGAGAGCAAGGCGUACAAGUCGUACAAAAACUGCAAGUACGGCAAGUGGGGGUGCAAGGACUGGUGCCUGUACCGCCGCCGCCAGUGCUUCAAGUGGUACAAGGCGGAGAUGUGCGAGGAGAAGUACGAGAAGUGCGCCGAGGCGUGCAAGCCCAAGCCGAAGAAGGAGCACCACGAUGACGAUCACGAUGAUGACCAUCACGAUGACGAUGACGAUGACGACCAUCACCACCACCACGACCAUCACGACGACUAG